AUAUCUCACGCUAUUAAUCAGCAUAUUCAUCUUGGGUUUGAUAUCUCUAUAGAACAAGAUAUAGAGAACACUAUUAAGGAUAUUUGUGGAACCUCCAUAGCAAAUUUAAAACCAAACCGAGACAGAGGAGAAUUUUCUGGAUGCAUAUUGGUAUAUGCAAUUCCUAAUAUUGGAGAUUGGAGGAUAUUUACAUCAGUUGAUUUAAAAAAAUUACGCAAAAAGGAUAUUAUCAAACCAAAUCCUGAAGUCUCUGCUCAUACCAUCUCCAGUUCUAAUUGGGAAGUGCCUAUUCCGAAUAUUGCGA